AUGACAACGCCCUUGCUUGUCCCAGACAUCUGUCUACGCUUGUGGAUGGAGAACUGGUAUGACCCCAACACCAAUGUGCAGAACACAACGCUCAUAAGACUGGAUAAUCUACCCAAUGAGAAUGUGGGGUUCAUAUACUCGCUUGACGAAGCAUCUCGCACCAGGCAGCGCAAUCAACACUUGAUCAUCCCUAGCUAUAGUCAGGCCCUGGAUCUUGCCAGCACUUCCGCAUACCCCCUCGAAGUCCCCAGCAACAACUUCUUUCUAGUGCAUGUAUUCAAAUACGAGAUGCACACCAUCCCCACGUUUGUCCGCGAUGUCUACGCACACAAAUUGCUCCACAAAGCAUGCAAUGUCAACUCCAGACAAGCAUGGGAGGAAUUCAACAACACAAUUCGCAAUGACGCCCGGGAGCCUGUCCCCGCCAUUUGGGAUAUCACCAUUUUUGCUGCCCACGCCCGUCCUGGCUGUAUCGCUGAGCGCAUAACGACCAACACCCACAACCGACAGUACAGAGUGCUCCAGAAGCUUGUCGAUCUGGAUGCAGAACACGCCGUAUUCACUGCUUCGAUUCCUGGCAUCUUGUCUGCUAGUGAGUGUCUUGAGGAACAGUUUCUUCAGGCGUGGUCACUCACCAUGAAAAGAAAACACAGACUGCUAUGUCACACUCCCGACAGCAUUUGUUGA